GGGCACCGGGCGCGGACACCCUGCCGCGGCACCAGACUCGAGCGGAGCGCUCCCAGCCCCGCCGCGGCCGAGCAGCAGCGACAACCCCCGGAGCCCGGGCCGCGCGGGACCAGGCUGCCCGGCCAUGACCACGGCGUGGUACCGGCCCACGUGGGACCUGGCCCUGGACCCGCUGGUGUCGUGCAAGCUGUGCCUCGGGGAGUACCCGCUCGAGCAGAUGACCACCCUCGCCCAGUGCCGCUGCGUCUUCUGCACUCUGUGCCUGAAACAGUACGUGGAGCUCUUGAUCAAAGAAGGACUGGAAACGGCCAUCAGCUGCCCGGAUGCGGCCUGUCCCAAGCAGGGCCACCUGCAGGAGAACGAGAUCGAGUGCAUGGUUGCCGCUGAAAUUAUGCAAAGAUAUAAAAAGCUACAAUUUGAAAGAGAGGUGCUCCUGGACCCCUGUCGGACCUGGUGCCCGGCGUCCACCUGCCAGGCCGUGUGCCAGCUCCAGGAGAUGGGGCUGCAGACGCCCCAGUUGGUGCAGUGCGAAGCCUGCGACACGGAGUUCUGCUCUGCCUGCAAAGCCAGCUGGCACCCCGGCCAGGGCUGCCCCGAGGCCGUGCCGAUCACCUUCCUCCCCGGGGACACCAGCUCGGCCUUCCGCCCGGAGGAGGACGACGCGCCCAUCAAACGCUGCCCCAAGUGCAAGGUCUACAUAGAGCGAGACGAAGGCUGUGCCCAGAUGAUGUGCAAGAACUGCAGACACGCCUUCUGCUGGUACUGCCUCGAGUCCCUGGACGACGACUUCCUCCUGAUCCACUACGACAAGGGACCCUGCCGGAACAAGCUGGGCCAUUCCAGGGCUUCGGUCAUCUGGCAUCGGACACAGGUCGUGGGCAUUUUUGCCGGGUUCGGGCUCCUGCUGCUCGUGGCCUCGCCCUUCCUGCUCCUGGCCACCCCGUUUGUGCUCUGCUGCAAGUGCAAGCGCAGUAAGGGGGACGACGACCCCUUACCCACCUAGAGGAGGACGGGAUGCGACACAACGGCCUCCGGGAAGCGC